AUGGCUGCGCACAAGUUUGAUGUGUGCCUCGGAAUAUGGAAUUCCUUGCCGGAGAUGAUCAGGCCUCGACGAUGUACCGGUGUGGUCGUCUUGGGUCGAAAGAUUUACGUCGUGGGUGGCCUUAAUGACGAUGGUCUGCUGACCACCAUGGAACGCUUUCACUUGAGGUCUCAAAAAUGGAAAGAGCUGCCUGGCCUUCAAGAGUCCCGCUUCAGUAUGGGCGUGGCUACUUGGGCAGGAAGUAUUUUUGUAUUUGGUGGACGGAGUGACCGCCAAAGUUUAAAGAGCAUGGAAGUGUAUUACCCUAAAGAAGAGAGAUGGGUGUCUGCGCCUGCGCAGUUAAACGAUGACAGGAGUGAGUUUGGUCACGUGGUAUACAAAAACAAGAUCUAUUGUUUUGGUGGGCGCGGAGUAAACACGGUCGAGUGUUAUGAUUAUUUGAAUCAGCAGUGGCGCAUUGUGGGUAGAGUCAGCGAUAACACUUACUCUGUCAACUGUUUAGUUUAUCCUCCCUUGAACUGA